AAUUAAUUAGACCCAGCCGGUGCAUAUGCCUUAUUUAAAAUUAAAGGUAUAUAAGAGCAUACUCAUCACACAGAAGGUAUCAGUAUCAGUACUCGAUUAGCUUGUAAAACAAAAAUAACACAAUUAAAAAAAAUGGCUCUUAAAUUCGUUGCCUUUGCCACCCUCCUCGCUUACGUCCAAGCAGGUAACUUGCUGCACUCUGCCGCCCCAGCUGUAGCUUACUCAGCUGCCCCCGCCGAAGAAUACGACCCCCACCCCCAAUACAGCUACGGAUACAACGUCCAAGACGGUCUUACCGGAGACAGCAAGAGCCAAUCUGAAACUAGAGACGGAGAUGUCGUGCAAGGAAGUUACUCCCUUAUUGAAGCUGAUGGUACCAGGAGGAUCGUGGAUUAUACCGCCGACCCGAUCAAUGGUUUUAACGCUGUGGUGCACAAGGAACCUGCCGCAGUAGCUUAUGCCGCCCAGGCUCCUUUGGCUUAUGCCUCCCAUGCCGCCCCUUUGACUUACUCCGCUAGUCCAACGAUAGCUAAGACCGCCCCAUUGGCUUAUGCCGCCCCGGCUCCUUUGGCUUACGCGUCACACGCCGCCCCUCUGGCUUACUCCGCCGCCCCGGCUAUCGCCAAAUAUCAUUAUUAGAAUGUUUGUUAGUAAGUGUUUUUUUUUUGUUUGUUUGUUUAUUAAUAAAUAAGUUUUUAUAUGUA